AUGAGUGUUCGCGACGCAACCCACGCCGGCUCCUGGUACUCGUCCAACAAGCAGGAUCUGGAUCGGCAAUUGACAGGGUGGUUGACCGCUGUAGGCGCCGCCACUUCAGAUGGGGAUCCGGUCCCAAUCAAUGGGUUGCGUGCUAUCAUUGCGCCACAUGCUGGAUACUCGUAUAGUGGACCGGCUGCAGGAUAUGCCUACAAGUGCAUCCAACCCGAAUUUUUCAAGCGCGUGUUUAUCCUCGGUCCUUCCCAUCAUGUCUACCUGUCCGGAUGUGCCAUCUCAAAGUGCCCCAAAUACAGCACUCCGCUCGGUGAUCUCAUUAUCGACCAUGAAGUAGUGAACAAGGCAUUGGAGAAGACAGGCCAAUUUGGAUACAUGUCCCAGGAGACCGAUGAGGAUGAACACAGCAUAGAGAUGCAUCUACCCUAUGUCUAUAAGGUUUUUGAGCACCACAUGGACAAGGUUCAAAUCGUGCCGAUCUUGGUCGGGGCAUUGACAGAGACCACAGAACGGCAGUACGGAAAACUUUUGGCACCCUAUCUCGAUGACCCUCAGAAUCUCUUUAUUGUCUCGAGCGACUUUUGUCAUUGGGGUCAACGGUUCGACUACACAUACUACGUCGACAACAAAGGCGUCGUCUCGGAUUCGAUCCGCACACUCGAUCGCGAAGGCAUGGAUAAGAUCGAACAGCAGAACCAUGCCAACUUUUGCAAGUACCUCAAAAAGACAAGGAACACCAUCUGUGGACGACAUCCCAUCGGCGUCCUCAUGGCCGCCCUUGAAGCUGAUGCGACCAACAACGGUAACAAGUACCGAACCCGGUUCGUCCAUUACGCCCAGUCCAGCGGCGCUCGAAAUGCCUCAGACUCGAGUGUCUCGUACGCGUCCGCAUUUGUCCAACAGGCACAGUAA